AUGGUGGCGCACAAAGCAUGGGUACCUGCACGAGGUACAUAUUCAGUCGGUCAAACAAGUCAGCCAUUCAACCCGAGGGCUGGUAAGCUGUACCUUGAACACAAACAACCACACAAAAUAGAUUACACAAAGAGCAAAGAUACUUCUGAGUGUGAAUAUACCAAAACAGAGAACGAUUGUCCACUUGAUGAGUUCCUCAAAGUUGCAUCAUUGGCCAACCUUGCAGUUGUUCGUGAAGCUGCUACUGGAGACUGGGAAACACAUGGUGACCCCACGGAAAUCGCCAUUCAGGUCUUUGCUACUCGCUUCAACUGGAACCGUGCUCAACUAAUUUCUGGAGACAAACCGGCAUGGACUCAACUUGCUGAGUUUCCAUUUGACUCGGAUGUUAAGAAAAUGUCCACUGUCUUUAAAUCAUCGACGGGCGACAUGUUCGUCUUUACUAAAGGGGCUGUUGAACGAGUUUUGUCAUCAUGUUCAGCUAUUGAAAGCGUUGACGGUUUGGAGUUGGAGGCCAUAGGCCCCGAGAUCAAGGGUGACAUUCUAGCUAACAUGGAAGCCUUUGCUGCACAAGGUCUUCGUGUUCUUGCUCUCGCUAGCAAACCACUUUCAGCCAUAAACUGUAAAAACUUAGACCUGGAUCGCAAAGAGGUGGAGCAUGACUUGGUUUUCCGUGGUUUAAUUGGACUCUACGACCCUCCCCGCGCGGAAUCUGCGCCUUCAGUGCGUCGCUGCCACGAAGCCGGUAUUUCUGUCCACAUGUUAACAGGCGAUCAUCCAAGCACAGCGAGGGCAAUUGCCACAGAAGUAGGGAUUCUUCCAUCUCAUACCGAUAUGCUGAGUAAAGCCACCUUUGAUUCCAUGGUUAUGACUGCCCAGCAGUUUGAUAAGCUGUCAGAUACCGAGAUUGAUACCCUCCCUGAGCUCCCCCUGGUAGUAGCACGAUGUGCACCCAACACCAAGGUUAGAAUGAUCAAUGCACUACAUAGGCGAAACAAAUUUGCAGCCAUGACGGGUGAUGGGGUUAAUGAUUCGCCUUCUCUUAAGAACGCUGAUGUUGGUAUAGCCAUGGGUUUAGCCGGAUCUGAUGUCGCAAAAGAUGCAUCAGAUAUCAUCUUGACCGAUGAUAACUUUGCUUCAAUUCUCAAUGCUAUCGAGGAAGGUCGGCGAAUAUUUGAUAAUAUACAGAAGUUCAUAUUACAUGUUCUCUCCCAGAAUUUCGCACAGGCCAUAGUUCUACUUCUUGGUCUUGUGUUCAAGGAUGCGGAUAAUUUAUCUGUUUUCCCAUUGAGCCCUGUUGAGAUUAUUUGGCUUGUUAUGAUUACUUCGGGGCUUCCGGAUAUGGGACUCGGUUUUGAGCAGGCGACGAUGGAUAUCAUGCAAAGGCCUCCACAUAAGGUAAGUCUAGAAACCCAUCGUAUCUCUCUUCAUUCUAGUAUGCGGCGGUUUCAAGUCUAG